CUUUGCCCAUGGUUUAGGGGUUUCCUAUUACCAUUUGCUCUGUCUUGAAAAAUUCCAUUUUUCUUCUUUUCCUCACACAUUUAGCUAUGGAGAACUUGCUGGGUCUGCUGAGAAUUCAUGUUGAAAGAGGUGUCAAUCUUGCAAUCAGGGAUGUGGUGAGCAGUGAUCCUUAUGUUGUCAUCAAAAUGGGCAAGCAGAAGCUGAAAACUCGGGUGAUAAAAAAAACUUUAAAUCCUGAAUGGAAUGAUGACUUGACCCUGUCUAUUUCAGAUCCUCAUGCUCCAGUCCAUCUACAUGUGUAUGACAAGGACACAUUCAGCUUAGAUGAUAAAAUGGGAGAUGCUGAUUUUUCCAUUGGUCCAUUUAUUGAAGCAGUGAAGAUGCGCUUGACAGGUCUCCCCAACAAUACCAUAGUCACAAAAGUGUUGCCUAGCAGACAAAACUGCUUAGCUGAAGAGAGUCACAUUGUGUGGAAAGAUGACAAAGUUGUGCAAAACCUGGUUCUUAGACUAAGAAAUGUAGAGUGUGGGGAGGUGGAACUCCAGUUGAAUUGGAUUGACAUUCCUGGUUCAAGGCAUCUCUAGAUCACAGUCCAAGACUUGAUGCUCACAGUCCAAGACUUGGCAUAUUGUAAAGUUUAGACUUGCAGCCUCAUAAACCAGCAACACCUUAUGUUUCAUAUUAUGCUACCUUUUACUCUUUCGCACAACUUCAAAAUUGUUCCAUAUUGGUUUUGCCAACUAUGGUGUUGCAAUUAGUAGUAAUUAGUGAAGAAGAAUGGGAGAGGUUGUUUCCUCAGCUGUAAUUUAGAAUCAUGUCCUAGUUCCGUGUAAUAAUGUGCAAGAGAAGUAGCAUAUAGAUUUUGCACAUACUAUGUUAAUAGCUUUUUUCUAUAUUGAUUGUUUGGACAUUUAUCUGUGCUAUAUGGUUUAUAUGAUACUUAGGUAAAUCA